AUGGCAGGCUGGUGGAAGCCAUUGGAGAUCCUUGGGGUUGCAAGUUCUGAGAAGACGGCUGUCUUUCUCAGCAAGGCUAGGUACGUCUUGGCGAGCGAAGAGUUUUUAGAGUUGCGUUCGCUUAUGCAACAGCAUGCUUCGAAUCAGGCUAACUUCCAUGACCUCUUGAUAUCUGUGCGACGUGUCUGCCUCGGAAAGGAUGUUCCGGAAAACGAGCGCAGGAAAGCACUUUGGGCAGAGUUUCUGGGCAUCAUCACUCCAGCAGAGGCGAGGAUGGCAUUCCAUCCAACCUGGGAGGUCCCCAAAAUAGGGUGGGACUGUCCGUUUGUGCAGAGAGACUGGCAGCCGGACCUCGUAGUGCAUGCAGCUUCGACAAGUCAGUUAGAGGCAUCAACGUCUGCUAUGAUGAAUGGGGGUCGUCUUCUGCAAGACGGACGGCAGAUGCCCGUCGAGUUGACGGGCGCAUCCGCCAGUGGUGACGUCGAGACAGCGGAUACGGAAGCGCUGGGAUGGUGGCCGCUCACCAGCCUCCCUCUCAGAACCGCUUUUGAGAUGAUGAAGCUGGCGGCGGAAAGGGCGGCCUCGAUAAGUGGCACCGUUGCAUCUCCUCCAGUGUGGGACGAGUCAGUGGUCCGAGAGCACGGUGCAGAUGAGCUGUCCUGCCCUCGGGCUAAAGAAACGGACGAAGGUUUAGGGACCCUGGAAGGUGCGCAGCAGGCGAGCUUGGUGCCGAGCGGCUUUUGGACGUCCACAGGCAGGGAGACAAAGAUCGGUAACUCAACGGCCGCCACUCAGCUUCAUCCGUUCUACACGGAUACAUCCUUGAGUCAAGCAAACGGAGAGGAUGUCUGGGCAAUCGAGCGGCCGCUACUUGCUGAGGAUCAGCCGGCCAUGUCUUCUUUCGUCUCGUCAGAUGCUCUAACGCCUCAUGAAGAAAUCAGAGAGGUCCAAGUCACGCACGCAAGUGACACGUACAGCAAGAGGAGGCGUUUACUUUACGAGAACUACGGCACCUUCUUCUUUUGA